AUGUAUAGCGGACAAUCGGUCAGUGGUUCAAGUUUGCUAUCGGAUGAUGAUGAUGCACGUGAAACAUCUGGCCGAUCACGACGAGAAUUCGAUGAAAUCGAUGCUGUUCUAUUUGAUGAGUCAUCACCGAAACGAACGUCUUACAAGAAAAUUUAUGAUGAAUGGUCAGCUAAACCUCAUUUUCGAAUACGUGGAAAAAUGUGUGAAAUUGAGACAAUGCCUCAACAACCACAACUAAGACGAAAAUCUCAAGACAAAAUUGAUCAGGAAUGUAACAAAGAAAAUAUGUCAACGCCAUUAUUUGAUAUGUCAACAAAAUUCACAGCUGACGAUUUGAAUGCUGCGUCAGAUUUGGAUAAUGGUCGUUCAUCUAUUGAUUCGAUUGAAGGUUCAGAGUUAACAAAUUCUGAUUUGGAUGAUCAAAAGGACAGAGAUCUUGACGAUAACGAUCAAUUUACAGAUGGCAUGAAAAAUAAUUCAUUUAGUACGAAUGACGAUGAUGAUGAAGAUAGUUCGCAGUUAUCUAAUCGUAAUUUAAAAAAUCAACGCCGUAAACAACAACUACAACCUCCUCCGUCGGCCGCUCCUCCAAUCAGAUGUAUGAAAGACAGUGUUGUAUCAACAUUAGCUAACUUAAUAUUAAAACAAUUUUUUAUCGAUUAUCAACCAUUAUUCAAUCGUUACGCGAAACUCGUUUGUCAAAAAAAUGGUAUAAUAUUAACACCAUUACCUGGCAUAUCAACAACCAUCAUUGAUCGUCUACCACGAUCCUUGAGACCAUAUUCUUUACCACCUAGAUCACUAUCACAAAAUCGGUUUUCGUUACCGACAUCCACUUCAAUAACAGCGACGACACUAAUGACUAGUAACAAUAGUAUCAUAUCUUCAAAUACUCAAGAUUUAAUAAAAGGUUUACGUUCGACACCUGACCCAUCUGACAUUAGUUUAACUGGUCUACUAAGAGUAACACCUUGUCGUUUUUCGAAUGUUUAUCAGACUACACCACCUAUAACUAACGCAACAGCGACGUCAACAAAUGCCACAACAUCUCCUCGAAAACCUCCCGAACGAAUUUUAACAUCAUCAGCUGUUGAAAAACGUCAACCACAAAUUAAUUUAAUCUCAAUGAUUGGAACUGCCGUUGGAUCUUUAGCAGGCAACACUAGUUCGGUUAUUAACAUUGGAAACAAUCUCAUUUCAUUAAAUAUUUCCAAUAAUCCCUCUACGGCAUCAGCUACAGCCGCUCUCACUACAACUGGUACAUCAUCAUCUUCUAGUGGUAUACCAACAUCAGUUACAACAAUCGCCACCUUCAAUACGUCGAAUAAUAGUAACAGUGGUAAUAAUAAUCCAAAUCAUCGCGCUUGGCCUUCUGCAACAUCCGCCUCUACAAGAUAUCGUUCAGCUACAAUUAUUAAUGACAUGCGUUUACCCCCGAUUACUGUUGAACCAUUAAAAGUAAGUUUAACAUCUGAGCAGUUACAAUUGCAUCGGUCAAAUACAUCGACAAUAAAUAGUAUGAAUAACAACGUAGGAACAGUAGCGCUUAUAUCAAGUAAUAAUAACAACAAUAGUACUAGUUUUGGUAUUGAUCGUGCAGUUAGUGGAACAAGUACCGGUUCAAAUCUUUCAUUUUGUCAAGCAUUUCCUCUUUCAAAUAAUAAUAGUGCAAACUUAAAUAAUAAAUUACGUACAUCUAACGUUUUAAAAUUUUCUGCUCGUACAUUGCCACCAGGUGAUUUUGUACGCGGACGACCAAUUGAAGCACAUAUUUCUCGACCUGUUGCAUCGGCAAAAGACAGUAUUGUGACAACAACAAAUUUACAAUCAGUCACUAGUCCUACCCGCUCAGUAACCAGGGGAUCGAAUAGUUCAAAUUCACGUCAAACUAAAUUAAACAACAAUACUCGAGCGCCGAAACAACAACAACAAUUUUCCACGCCAAUCAAGAUAAGCGCUCCGCACAUGUGGUAA